AUGGCUCCCGCCCAAGUUCGCGAUCCGCGUCCCAUCGUUAUCUCGGGCCCCUCGGGCGUCGGCAAGGGCACCCUCUACAAGCUGCUGUUCCAAAGACACCCGGACACCUUCACCCUCUCUGUCUCGCACACCACUCGCGGCCCCCGCCCCGGUGAGCAAGAUGGCGUAGACUACCAUUUCGUGACCAAGGAGGCGUUUCUGGACCUAAAGGCCAAGGAUGGUUUCGUCGAGAGCGCGCAAUUCGGCGACAACCUCUACGGGACAUCCAAGGCCACCAUCGAGGAGCAGACGGCCAAGGGCAAGACGGUCGUUUUGGACAUUGAGGUGGAGGGCGUCAAGCAAAUCCAGGCUUCAGGCUUCCCCGCCCGGUACGUCUUCAUCGCACCGCCGUCCGAUGAGGAGCUGGAGAAACGGCUGCGCGGCCGCGGCACAGAGAAGGAGGACUCGAUCCAGAAGCGGCUGAAGCAGGCCAAGGUGGAGCUGGAGUAUUCCAAGGUUCCCGGAGUUCAUGACAGGAUUAUUGUGAAUGAUGACUUGGAGAAGGCGUACAAGGAGCUCGAGGAGUUUGUUUUCGCGGAGCCGGCUUCAACGACAUAGAGCUGUUUUCGGCGGUCCUCUAAGCUAUAGACUGUACUUAUGGGCAAGGCAUCUUCUUUUCGCGCUCAAGGCUUUGGAUCUCGGUCCGCUAGCAUCAUCCAAACAUACAUCACAAUAUUUCCCAAGCUCUAUUUUCACAGCAGACAAACUAUCGGGAGCCUAUCCGCCGUAUUGCAAUACAAUUGCCUACAAGUCCGCCUACAUGCCUCGAUUGCGUCGAAGUUGAUAAGAGGUCGUCGACCCUAACUUCUUCCAGAGGUUCGAGGUGCAUAACUGUAGGUCAUUGUGGGCGAGCGGGAACAGACGAGACUUAAGUUACCUCCAGC